UUUAUGGCCUGUCUAGCGUUGAGGGCGCGAAAAGUUGUUCCGACGUUGCAGUUGUUAAUUAACAUUUCUCUCGGGCAAAGGAACAUUGGAGUCGGCUAUCGAUGUUUUUGACGUUUCUCGUUUUAUCUCUAUAGGCCUAUAUUGUUUUCAUUCUAAAUUCUUUGCGGAAAACGCUGUGUACAUACUAAACGCUGGCGGGCAUCGAAGGGGCGUACGAAGUUUUUAUGCUUAAAUAUAGGCCUAAGUAUUAAAAUGUUUCUUUUUCUUUCUCUAGAACCUGGUGUUUUCUUUUAUUCAAAAUAGAUGGGGCCGUUGCCUUUCAAGAAUUUAACGUCAAAUGAAACGUCACCAGUCGAUUAUGAUGACGCUUUGCUGAGGGAAGUACUGGAUCGUUUAGUAACUCCAGUAUUGUGUUCGUUAGGCGUCAUCGGAAAUCUAUUGAAUUUAUACGCUUUGAGCGUUGUUCACUUCUACAAGUCAUUGAACGGUGUAAGGCAUAAAGAAACGGCAACUCACUUUGGCUUAGUGACACUAUCCAUUUCCGACAUAUUCUUUUGCCUCUUCCUAAUCCCACGCUCGUUUACAAACACAAAGGCAUCAAUGUUCUCCGACUGCGAUAAUACAUUCUCUGGCUAUUAUCAAAUGUAUAGCACGGCGUUAAUAAGCACCUGUCUUACUAGUAGCACCUGGAUAACCGUUGCGAUGGCCCUUUUAAGAUACGCCGCCAUAUGCCAUCCAUUCAGCGCCGUAACGUUCAGUGGGAGGUCGGCAUCUAAGAUAGCCUAUGGCGUCGUUCUACUAUCUUCCAUAAUAUUUUGCCUACCAUUGUUUUGGGAGUACAAAACUCACGUUAUUCCUUCAACAAAAGACAAUUGCAAAGACUAUAUUUUAGACGUAGGCUAUAUGAACUACAGUAAGACUCCUGGUCAAAUUUACCUUUGGAUUAAAGUGGUUGUAGCUACAUUCAUUCCGGCCAUACUAUUAGCUUUCUCGAAUUUGGCCUUAAUCCGAGCCCUGAGGCGUUCUUACCGGAUGAGGAGAUUAUGUCAUGUACGAUCGGACACGACGACAGUCAGUUCUCGAGUAACUCUGACACUAAUUGUUAUCGUUGUCGCUUUUAUAGUUUUAGUAUUUCCAACCGAAUUGAUGGAUUUCUUUGUGCAUAUUUUGGUAAAUAACGAAACCACCGAACAAUUCUUGAUUGCUAGAUCGGUAGCAAAUCUCCUACAAGUAUUCAAUUUCAGUUCAAAUUUCCUUCUCUACUGCGCACUUAACCCUAUGUUCAGAAGCGUCAUUUGCGAUUUGGUUAGAUGCAGGAAGCUGUCUAGAACAAGACAAGCUAUGCCUAACGAAGAUGUCAGAAACGUUUCUUCACGAUUUACCAACGUAACGGCAACUGCUGUUGGAAGAAAGAAAUCAUUUACAACUGCCAACCAUCCAAAUGAACAUACCAAGUUCUUAGAUACUUACGCUUCGAACUAUCCAAUGGAAACACUGGACAGAAGUUCCGAAUGUUAUAAUUGACUUAGCGUUUCUUUUUCUUUUCUUUUUUGCUGAUGAAUACUGAAAAAAAAGAGAUUAUUCUUAUAUUUGAAUAGAUAAAAAAGGGUCAGACAAAAACGUUAAUUCUCACAAUCUGGAGCCAUUUCCCUCCUCUUACGAACUCUUUUCUUUUUCUCUUUCUACUUCUUCUUUAUAGUCUUUAUUCCUUUCUCUUUCGACGUCUUUUCCAUUAAUUAGUAAUUUACCAUCAUUCUUUAUCAAAUUGACCUUUAUAAGCCUAUAUAACGAUUAAGAAUCAAUUCAAAAGAAAGAGAAAUAAUGCCUGAUAAAAAGGUGACAGAGUAGAGAAGGUUAUAUUAUAUCUAUUUAGGCUUUUCCUCCUCUCCUUCUUUCUUUCUAUCUUUCUCUCUUCAAAGUAGGUUUUCUUUCUUUUA